CUCCGACGCGGCGGCGGCGCCGGCGCCGGCGCCGGAAUGCCGCGCUCCCUCGGCUACGGCCACGGCCACGGCCACGAACUCCGCCGCCGCCGCCUCCUCCCCGUCGCCUCCGCGGCGGCGGUGCUCCUGCUCCUCGCGCUGCUCAUCAUCCUCCCCUCCACGCCGCCGGGAGGGCCCCGCGCGUCGUCGGACCCCGCCUCGCUCCUCCGCGCGGCCAUCGCGGCGCACCCGGAGCCGGGAUCCUACGCGCGGCCCUGCGCCGACCACCUGUCCCUCUCCCUCCACCGCCUCCGCGCCGCGGCCGCCUCCCUCGACUCCGGCGACCACCCCGCCGCGCUCCACCUCGCCUCCGCCUCGCUCCAGUACCAGUACGACUGCUCCCACCUCCUCUCCCUCCCGGCCUUCCCCUCCCACCCCAUCACCUCCCGCUUCCUCGCUUCCCUCGCCCCGCCGCGACCCGGCGCCGCCGCCACCACCAAACCCUCCUCCGCCAACGCCUACGCCGCCGCCUUUCCGGCGACCCUCCGCGCGCACGCCACCGUCUGCAACGCAAGCCCAUCAGCGACGACGCAGCGGUCCGAUUACUCCACCGUGCAAGCCGCCAUUGACGCGGCGCCGAACCACACCGCGGGGCAUUUCGUCAUCAAGGUGGCUGCAGGUAUAUACAAGGAGAAUGUGGUAAUUCCGUAUGAGAAGACCAACAUUUUGCUGGUGGGUGAUGGGAUUGGUGCUACCGUGAUCACUGCCUCGCGGAGUGUGGGGAUUGAUGGGAUUGGUACCUAUGAAACUGCAACUGUUGCCGUCAUCGGUGAUGGUUUCCGGGCAAAGGAUAUAACAUUCGAGAACGGCGCGGGUGCGGGAGCUCAUCAGGCGGUGGCAUUCCGGUCAGACAGUGACCGGUCGGUGCUGGAGAACGUCGAGUUCCGCGGCCACCAGGACACACUGUAUGCUCGCACGAUGCGGCAGCUGUAUCGCCGGUGCCGUAUCACGGGGACGGUCGAUUUCAUAUUCGGGAAUUCAGCGGCGGUGUUUGAGGAAUGCGUGAUCAAGACGGUGCCACGGGCAGAGGGAGCUCGAAAGAGCGCGCGCAAUGUGGUGGCGGCAAAUGGGAGGAUUGAUCCAGGGCAGACAACGGGGUUUGUGUUCUGGAAUUGCACACUUGAUGGGAGCAAAGAGUUCUUAGCGUUGUUUCGGGCAAAGCCGGAGUCUUAUCGGCUGUAUUUGGGGCGCCCAUGGAAGGAGUAUGCAAUUACAGUGUAUGCCGGAUGUUAUUUGGGGAAGGUUGUCAGGCCAGUGGGAUGGCUUCCUUGGCGUGGGGAAUUCGCACUCAGGACGCUAUACUAUGGGGAGUUUGACAGUCGAGGGCCUGGUGCAAAUCACACGGCAAGGGUUGAGUGGAGCAGCCAGGCACCAGAACAAUUUGUAGGAGUCUACUCAGUAGAGAACUUUAUUCAGGGGCAUGAAUGGAUUGCAUACUAACUACAAUGUGAAGUGAAAUUAUUAUAUCAGUGUUUCUUGGUGGCAGUUCUACAUCACAAUUUUGAAAAUUAUCUUGAGACUACAAGAUGCUCCAAAGGAUCUGAUGCCAACUGUAUUGACACGGUACAUAGGCCAACUGAUGUGGUUUCUUUUGUGUUUAGUUGUACCUUAGUUUUGUUUUAAUGUUUGGUUGCGCUUUUGGGCUAGUGUCUGGUUACAGAUUUUGUAAUUGCGUUAAUUCUUUUGUAGAAUACAUAUCAAAAAAUGGUUUGCUGCGGAAUAUUUUACAAGCUUAUUUAUGUUUUGCUCCUGCAAUAUAAUUAGUUUGUGGUUGCCUCUGCA